AUGGCUGUUUGGAAAAAGCAGGCUCUGAUGGACUCGUCUUUUCCUCAUUUUGUGGGUUUUUGUGAGCAGCUUCCAAUUGAAGAUUUGUGCAGCCUGACAUCCCCAUCACUAACUGUUACGCUGACGGCUGCGGUGCCAGAAUCCACAGAGGACAUCCUCUUGAAAGGAUUUGCCAUACUGGGGAUGGAGGAUGAAAGAAUUGAAACAGCACAGCAGUUCUUCUCCUGGUUUGCUCAGGUACAAACACAGAUGGAUCAAGAUGAAGGUGCCAAGUAUAGACAGAUGAGGGAUUACUUGUCUGGGUUUCAGGAGCAAUGUGAUGCUAUCUUGAAUGAUGUAAAUAGUGCCCUUCAGCACCUGGAGUCACUGCAAAAACAGUAUCUUUUUGUGUCCACGAAGACAGGAACGCUGCAUGAGGCCUGUGAACAGCUUUUGAAAGAGCAGUCAGAACUUGUUGAUCUGGCUGAAAACAUCCAGCAGAAACUUUCUUAUUUUAAUGAGCUGGAAAACAUCAACACAAAAUUGAAUUCCCCUACGCUGUCUGUGAACAGUGAAGGAUUCAUUCCCAUGCUGGCUAAGCUUGAUGAUUGUAUUGCAUAUAUUUCAUCACAUCCAAAUUUUAAAGACUACCCUGUAUAUUUGAAUAAGUUUAAACAAUGCCUUUCUAAAGCUAUGCACCUUAUCAAGACAUACACUGUGAAUACACUACAGAACCUCACAAGCCAGUUAAUGAAAAGGGAUCCUUCAGCUGUGCCAAAUUCUGACAAUGCCUUCACGCUGUUUUAUGUAAAAUUCAGAGCAGCUGCUCCCAAAGUCAGAACUCUUAUUGAACAAGUAGAGCAAAGAUCUGAAAAAAUGCCAGAGUAUCAACAAGUUCUCAGUGAAAUUCAUCAGUGUUACCUCGACCAGAGGGAGCUCUUGCUUGGUCCAAGUAUCACUAGCACUGUUACAGAAUUAACCAGUCAGAACAACAGAGAUCAUUGUGCUCUGGUACGAAGUGGUUGUGCCUUCAUGGUCCAUGUAUGCCAGGAUGAACACCAGCUUUAUAAUGAGUUCUUCACAAAACCAACACCAAAACUGGAUGAACUCCUGGAGAAGUUGUGUCUUUCAUUGUAUGAUGUCCUGAGGCCAAUGAUCAUCCAUGUCAUUCACUUAGAGACACUUUCUGAACUCUGUGGGAUUCUCAAAAAUGAGAUGCUUGAAGAUCAUGUACAGAACAAUGCUGAACAACUGGGUGCAUUUGCAGCUGGUGUCAAGCAGAUGUUAGAAGAUGUACAAGAGCGUCUUGUUUAUCGGACGCAUAUUUACAUUCAGACUGAUAUCACAGGCUACAAGCCUGCUCCGGGCGAUCUUGCAUAUCCUGACAAGUUGGAAAUGAUGGAGAAAAUUGCACAGAGUUUAAAAGAGGAACAGAAGAAGCUGUCUUCUGAAGCUUCAUUUUCAGAUGUCCGGCUAGAAGAUCCUGAGUCCUGCAGCUUAGUUAAAUCCGAUCUUCAUGGAAUGUGGUAUCCUACUGUCAGAAGGACUCUAGUGUGUCUCUCCAAACUGUACAGAUGUAUAGACAGGGCAGUGUUUCAGGGAUUAUCGCAAGAGGCCUUAUCUGCCUGCAUCCACUCGCUGCUGGGAGCUGCUGAUUCUAUCAGCAAAACCAAGACCCAGGUUGAUGGACAGCUUUUCUUAAUAAAACACCUUUUGAUUCUUCGUGAACAAAUUGCUCCUUUCCACACUGAUUUCACCAUUAAGGAAAUUUCCCUGGACCUUAAGAAAACUAGAGAUGCAGCAUUUAAAAUCCUGAACCCUAAGACAGUUUCAAGAUUUUUUAGACUAAACAGCAACAACGCCUUGAUACAGUUCUUACUGGAGGGUACUCCAGAAAUCAGAGAACAUUAUAUUGACUCUAAGAAAGAUGUAGAUCGUCAUCUGAAAUCUGCUUGUGAGCAGUUUAUUCAGCAGCAAACCAAACAGUUUACAGAACAGCUGGAAGAGUUCAUGACGAAGGUAGCUGCUUUAAAAACAAUGGCCACUCAAGGAGGUCCCAAGUACAGCCUUUCACAGCAACCUUGGGCGCAACCAGCAAAGAUCAACGAUCUGGUCUCUUCCACGUAUAAGACAAUAAAAACGAAGCUGCCAUCAACGUUACGAAGCAUGUCGUUAUAUUUGUCCAAUAAAGAUACAGAGUUAAUUUUGUUUAAGCCAGUUAGGAAUAACAUUCAGCAGAUGUUCCAGAAACUCCAUGCUUUGUUAAAGGAAGAAUUUAGUAAUGAAGAUCUCCAGAUCAUAGCUUGUCCUUCAAUGGAACAGGUGAACUUACUUUUAUCGAUGUCCAAGUAGCCCAACAGUGAGGCUGCUUGAAAUAAGCUUCAGCUGAAUGCCAGGCAGUGAAGGGAAUGCGAAGACGUUUGCUUGAAGUGAACAAAGGAUCCCACUGUGCAGUCCAGUCUGCAUCAAAACUAUCCAGGCUGCUUACCCCUGUUUUAGGAGAAAAAAAAAAAAAAAAAGAAAACCAGUUCUAUUGAUUUGUUAAAGGUCUUCCUGUUCGUUGGCUUGAGAA